AUGGCGACCCAGCCGCCCCAGUCCCUGCCCUCCUUCGCCCAGGCCUUCGGCGCUCCCUCCCUCUCCCGCCUUACCGACGCAAACAAUGCGCUCCCCCCCAUCCACGACCGUCACGAGUCCAUGAACGACCGCGACCGCUCUAACAAGAAGCGCUCCCGCGCUGACGACCCCAAGCACGCCGACGAUAGCGCCUCGAACCCAGACGAGCGACGCUCUCCUCGUAUUGUGCGCAUCAAGGAGGAGGCCGAGUACGAGUCGUUGCCGUCACCCACUGCCCGCAACGCGCCGUCCGCACCCCACGACGAUGCGCACAAGAAGCGGCGGGUGACGAUAAGCGGGAUAUCCCAUCCCAUCAACACCGACGUCAGGACCCCCGCCUCCGACGCUGCCAAAUCGAUCUCACCCGUGGUCAUGGGGCUCCCCAUUCCUCGCGACGAUGCCGCCGCGAUCGAGCAGGUGCGGUCCAUGCUCACCAUCAAGCAGCAGCAGAAGGAGCUCAUCCAGCAGCGUCGCGGGAGCACCGCCGGCAUCCUCUCCGUCGCGCCCCCCACCGUCUCCGUCAACGUCGUCAACGCCCCUCCCCCGCCCCCCGACGGCCCACAACCACCCAAGCAGAAUCCUACCACUCGCGCCGGCGGACGGAGUCCCAAGCCCAACGCAGGCGCCAUCGCUCCACGUCGCUCUAUCGUCGGCGGCACACCUCUUGCAAACCGCGCCCACUCUCCUCUCGCCAGGGUCCCAGCCCACCCAGACACAUCCCGCUCCAACCUCCGCCUGCCCCCGCACAUGAGGGCCCGGGUUCACACAUCCCCGCGCACACGCACGCGCUGCCCGCGCCGCCCAUCAGUUUCGCUCGCCGCCGGGCGACCCGCACGCUCGGGGGGGAAGGGCAAACCUGCGGACAUCACGAUCAGCCCCCGCGACGCGAACAUGGAUCGUUUGCAGCCUUCCGUCCAGAGCGCACCGCCCAUCCCCCGCGCUGGCCUCAACCAAGGCAACACCUCCAAGCACACCCCGGGUUACGACCAGCCGCGUCCCGCCCACGCCCACCCGGCUUGCAUGGCGCGAAACCCUCACCCAACGACCGCGGGCCCAUCGACCGCGGCGGGGACGCACCAUCUCGGCGUCGGCUCGAUCUCAGCCACCGCAACCGUGGGGCGGUCCCCUCCGACCACGACAGUACCGAUCGCAACCACGCUAGUACCGCCCACGCCGUCCGCGUUCGCGCGGCCACAGUACGCGAGCGAGAAGUCGGCGUUCCUCGCGCCGUUCGAGGCCUUCUACGACGCGCUCGCGGACGCGCGCACACUCAAGGGCUGGCUGCACGAGCAACUGCAGAAGUCGGCCGCGCUCACGCAGGCGCUGCAGCGCCAGCAGGAGCACGUCGACGAGCUCGUCGCGCCGCGGUCGAGCGCCGGCUGGGACCCCUCGGCGACGAGCUCGCGAGCAUGC